GUGGCGUAUCAGGCGCUACUGCUCCUUGUUUGUGUGUUUCCUGACGUUUGAUCCUGUUGGUUGCUUCUCCGCCUGGGUUGCGUGAACGUUCUCUUGCACGGUUCUCGUGCCCCGCCUCAGGGACCGUCUUCCUCGUUGCGCCGUUCUCGUGCGCUGUUUGGUCUUUUGCUCUUCCAUAAUUACCAAAAUGUCCCGAAUUCGUCUUGGUGAACGUGGGCUAUACGGUAGUUUUACGCUCUGCGUCGUGUCUCCUCAGCAGCGGCCGUUCCGGGCCGUCGUCCUCUUCCCCAACCUCCCAAAGGGGUCGCCCGGUUGGCAGUUACAGUCACCCUCUUUACGAUCCCGCCCGCGUUCUCCUUCCCCCUCCGUGUACGUCCACUGCGUGUACACCCGCCACCAUCUCGUGCACAUGCCUUCUUCGAGGCGAUCUCCCAGGAGGCCGUGGGUACAAAUACCACGCGCUCCCGUUUGCUCAACCUGCAAGCCUCAAGAGCAGAGAGCGAGAGAGAGGUUUGAUCACGGUCGAUCAAAGAGAGUUUUAGGUCAAGAUUACACACAGAGCACAACAAGAAAUUGAAACAAAUACCACACCGCAAAUAGAUUGGUGUAGACUGUGUGGUGAUGUAAUUGUUUCUACAUCCACUUCUUUUUACCUUCAAUUGAAGUUUAUUCUAUGCGCGUCGGGCUUUUACUGCAGUGAGCAUACCUCGAUGGCGACUGUGACGGUGUUGCACUUCUCCAAAGGCUCCUGCACCAGUGCUGGGGGUUUCGUUGAUUCCGAGCCAAGGUCCUUCCAGGGCAGAAGAAUUCCAAACUCGAGGAACCAAAUUACUGCUUACAAAGGAUUGAGAUCUGAAAACAUAGUUGAUUCGCUUCGGCUGCAGUCCAACGCCAAGGCGACCUCAACCCAAGCGAAGACGGCCACUCGGCGUGCCAGCCGUAGACCUUUGGCUGUCGUCGUAUGCGGAAAAGGGAUGAACUUGGUCUUUGUCGGUGCCGAGAUGGCUCCCUGGAGUAAAACCGGAGGACUCGGCGACGUUCUCGGAGGACUGCCACCAGCCAUGGCGGCAAAUGGACACAGAGUCAUGACUAUAGCUCCACGCUAUGAUCAGUACAAGGACGGAUGGGAUACAAGCGUGCAGGUUGAGUUGAAAGUUGGGAACAGAGUCGAAACAGUUCGCUUCUUCCACUGCUACAAAAGGGGAGUCGACAGGGUCUUCGUUGAUCACCCUAUGUUUCUCGCCAAGGUGUGGGGAAAGACCGGAGGAAAGAUAUAUGGUCCUGUCACAGGAACAGAUUACGAAGACAACCAGCAAAGAUUCAGCCUUUUCUGUCAGGCAGCUUUAGAAGCUCCAAGGGUUCUACAUCUCAACAACAGUGAAUACUAUUCCGGGCCAUAUGGGGAGGAUGUUGUGUUCAUCGCGAACGAUUGGCACACUGGUCUUCUUCCAUGCUACUUGAAGAGCAUGCACCGAUCACGCGGGAUUUACAGGAACGCAAAGGUUGCCUUCUGCAUUCAUAACAUCGUCUACCAGGGCCGAUUUGCCUUGUCGGACUUUGCACUGCUUAAUCUUCCUGAUGAAUUUAAAUCUUCUCUCGAUUUCACCGACGGGUACGACGAGCCCGUGAAAGGAAGGAAAAUAAAUUGGAUGAAGGCUGGUAUUAUAGAAUCGGAUAGGGUCGUCACAGUGAGUCCGCAUUAUGCACUAGAACUUGUAGGGGAAGAAACUGGGGUCGAGUUGGACGGCGUCCUGCGCAUGACUGGUGUCACUGGAAUCGUGAAUGGGAUGGACGUUAGCGAAUGGAAUCCAUCGACGGACAAAUACAUAUCUACCAAUUAUGACACAGCAACCGUGAUGGAUGCAAAACCUCUGAAUAAGGAAGCUUUACAAGCUGAAGUUGGUUUGCCCGUCGACCGAAACAUCCCUGUUGUAGCCUUUCUCGGCAGAUUGGAAGAGCAGAAAGGCUCAGAUAUUUUUGCCAAAGCUAUUCCAGAAUUCAUGGACGAGAAUGUCCAAGUGAUAGUGCUGGGCACUGGGAAGAAGAAGCUGGAGCGUCAGCUUGCAGAGCUCGAAGACAUGUUUCCGGAUAAAUUGAGAGCACACUUGAAGUUCAAUGUACCUUUGGCUCAUGCGAUCAUGGGAGGAGCAGAUCUUCUAGCUGUUACCAGCAGAUUCGAACCGUGUGGCCUCAUCCAGCUUCAGGGCAUGCGAUAUGGAAUUCCCGCCGUGUGCAGCACGACUGGUGGACUUGUUGACACUGUCAAGGAAGGCAUCACCGGGUUUCAUAUGGGUCGCUUCAGUGCCAAUUGCAAUGUCGUUGACAAGGAGGACAUAGAAAAAGUUGUGAAAACUGUGAAAAGGGCCAUUAAUGUCUACCGUACUCCGGCCUUCGCCCAGAUGAUUCAGAACUGCAUGAAACAGGACCUCUCCUGGAAGGGACCUGCCAAGAAGUGGGAGCAGUUUCUCAUGAGCUUAGGAGCCACCGGUAGCGAGCCCGGCAUUGAUGGGGAGGAAAUAGCUCCUCUCGCAAUGGAAAACAUGGCCACCCCGUGAAAGUGAUCGAUGUCUGCCUUCGGUGUCGGAGUUAAUUUGUCCGUAAAGGAAUAAAUGGUGUCUGCAUAAGCUGAUAUUUUACUCAACUUUGCUUGUGUUAGUGCAUGCUUCAUCUCUCUCUCUGAUGAGGGAUACCUGUUGUGAAUGAAGUACGAUGUCUGUCUAUAUUCCUGUACUGUUGUGAAUGGUGUAGGUGUCGAAUCUGCUCUUUGUGAC